UCGCGGCAGCUGGUCGCGCCCGACACCGAGCACACGCAACAAAUCGCGAACGAUAUAUUUUACGAUACAACUUGAUAGAUAGAUCCUUGCGAUUUUUAAGCGUCGUGAAUCGUGAGUUUAUAAGUGCAUUGGACCAUGUUGUUUGCGAACUUUGCCGUCGAUAUGUUCGAGUACGCAUGACUUUGAUGAGACUGUCGUGAAAAACAGCACAAAUGAAGAUGACUGUAAAUCGCAUUCGGGUGGUAGUGUUGGGGAGUCCGCGGUGCGGGAAAUCGGCGGUCGUCGUGCGUUAUCUAACCAAGCGGUACAUAGGUGAAUACAGCUCUACAGGAGAUUUUCUUUAUCAGCACCGAGUCGCGUUCGACGGCGCGGUAUCUGAAGUCGAGAUUAUGGACACUUCUAACUGUGCAAUUCGUGGCUGCCUGGCAGAGCACGUGCGAUGGGGCGACGCGUUCGCCGUGGUGUAUUCAGUGUGUGAGCGGCGGUCCUUCCUGGCGGCCGCCGAGCUGCUAUCGCUCCUGGAGCGCACCCGGCUGCCGGGCUGCGCGGCCGUCACCCUCUUGGGGAACAAGAGAGACCUCGAACACGCUAGGGAGGUCCAUGCGGAGGAGGGUCAGGAGCUGUCGCUGCGGUUCGGGUGCCAGUUCUACGAGGUGUCGGCGGCGGAGUCGUGCGCGGGCGCCGCGCUCGCCUUCCACGCGCUGCUGCGCGAGGCGCGCGCGCUCGCGUUGCUGCUUCCUUCGCCUCGGCGCAAGCUCGCCGCCUAUUCUGUUUCUAAAGUAAUCGGCACAAUAUUUGGCAAAAAUAGCAAAAGUGUGCGAAAGAAAAGGCCGUCACUCAGCAUUUAAACUAAGAUUAAUGUUUCAUACAAAUAUUUAUUACUUAAGCCAUGGAGACUGCUUCGUUUGUAAAUAAAAUAAGAAAUCUAUUUAAUAAUAAGUCAGCAAAUGGAAAUGUUUUCCUUAGAAAUAUUGUUGAAGUUUUUAAAAAUCUUGUUAACCUGGCCGUCGUCGCAAUCUGCAAAUAUAGGUAGGAAUGCAUUAAAAAAUUGAGUAAUUUGACCCAAUAAUUAACAUUUCAUGUUUUCAUUGAAUUGAAAGUGGGAUAACUACUUACUUACCUGUUUGUGAAAUAGCGAACAAUGCCAGAUUAAUGAGAUUACACAAAAACUAUAAAAACGUUCCCUAGUUUUUAAGAACAACACUUGUACCUAUUUUAAAAAUCGCGUGCUUUCGACCUUUGAACACUUAGAGGAUAUAACCAACGGAGACGCCAUGUCUAAAAUUUUCGGUACAAAAUAGUCUGCCGUUUUUUGCGGGGGAGGGGCACAUCAAAUGUAUAGGUACGUCAUGUCAGAUAAACGUCAGUCCAUACAUAUGGUUGACAUGAGGUUGACCAUUGGCCGCCUAUUUUCGACAGAGGGGAACGCCUGUUAAUGGUGGCUCCAUUGUUAAUUACUCCGAGUUUGAACAACGUUGGCCAAGCAGGUUUGUAGCUGCACCAACGUAUCUGCACUUAUCAAAGAUCUUAUCUUAAUUAGAAAGGGUCUAUAUUUGUUUAAUUCGCAUAUCUGAUAUGUUGGUAGGCUUCCCCCUUAAUUAAACGUGCAAGACAAGUACGUCAACGUUAAACUCAAUCAUUAUGCUCUUUCGAUAAUUAUUCUCUGGAAUUACUGUAAUUUUUACAUUCAUCAUUUACGCUGCCGAUGCCGUUUUCACAAAUAGCCAUGUUUAUAAUGCAUCACUGAGUUUUUGGACAUCUAGUAUACUUAUUAAAAAUCCGGUUCGAAGAUUUAAAGAGUACUUUUACGUAUAUUAUUACGGAACUCUCCCCGAAUACUUGAUGCUGAUGGGAUAUAAUUUUGGCAGAUGGGCGACCUCAUUGUGUCAAUCUGUCUGGUAGGAUCUACAUUUGUUAAAAGAAAAGUAUCUAUUAUUUUCUUGUUCAAGUUGCAAGAAUGCUGGACAGGUCAGUAAAUAGUCCAUUAUGGUGACUUGAGAUGUGCCUUAAUAAUGAUUGAUUUAAAAACUCGACAAUCUAUGCUAGAAAAUCAUGUUUUUUGUAGUACUUAACACAUCUUUACUAACGAGCUCAGUAUUCUCGAUAGUUUUGUAAUUUUAUUGUAGAUAGCAGAUGCAAGUAAUCUUUUCAUAGUAAUUGUUUCUUAUUUUAGUGGUGUGCCACAUUAAAAAGCCUAAUCUCUUUAUGUUUAAUACAAAUUACGAUUGUAAGUUGUAUUGAGAGUAUUGAGCCUUGCUUUCUAGGGGUGCGGGUCGUGUGGAUCGAGCGUGACUCGCGGGGUCCGAUUACGGUACCCUACAAUAGGUGUAAUUGAGCCACUACAAGAACAUAUAAACUUAUAUCUGAGGUCACGAACGCUCGAUACAUUAAGCGUUGCUAUUUGUGAAAAUGUUAUUUAGCGAGAAAAUAAUUCAUUUCUGUCAACAUUAAAUAUAAUAUUUGUUCAUCGUACUGUUGUCUAUCGGUAGGUACGUCGUCAAGUUCUGAUAUUACUUACUGACUAAAACAAGAAUUAUGAGCUUUAAAUUGGUAACUUGACAUGAUGGCAUUGAUGGCACUGACUAUACAUUUGUAGGUGACCGAAUUGCCACCGUUAGCGCCUAAAUGAUUCAGAAUUGCAGAUGUCUUUACUACGCCACAUAUAUAAUAAUCGCCUUUUACUAAAUAUGUAAGUAUAUCGUGUAAAUAAAGUCAGUAUUCCUUGUAAAUAAUUCAUUUAAUAAUGUAUAUUUAAUACACCUCGCACUAGAGUUACGACUGACUCAACCAAUUGUAAAUAUUGAUGUUAAAAGUUCAUCUUAGCCUUUAGAUAUAACAUUUAUACCUAGUAAAAUAAUAAAACUCGAUAGUAAAAUAAA